UCCAACCUGGCAAGUACCUGACUCAAGCAUUGAAGCACGGGCGAAUCGCCAACCAACCUGGCUGCUCUCUGCUCUCCAGCCUCGCACAGGCGUCGUCAUCACCACCGCUGCCGUUUCCUGAGGCUGGGACUGAUUGAUUUCUGAAUUCUUACAACACAAUAAUUAGGUUUUUAAACUAUUUACCCUUGGUUCACGCCGCAAAUCCUUGAAGAGGCACGGCGAGUCGGUCACUUCGUGUCUCCACUUCCACUUGUGCUCCCCCUUUUCCGGCACCUACCCGACCCCGAUCGAGCUCGACAUUACGUAUACCGGCGCCAUGUAUUCGAAUUCGAACAACUACCUCGGCGGCAAUAGCAUGCGCCCUGGUGCUCCGCAAUAUGGCAACUCGUUCGGCGCAGGCGCAGGCGCUGGUCAGCCCCAGCAGCAGCAACAGCAGCAACAACAGCCAGGUCCGUUCGCCCCGCAGCCGACGGGCUUCGCCCAAGCGCCGCUUCAGCAGCAGUAUACCGGCUACCCGGGCUUGCAGCCGCCCCAAGGCACCGGGCAGCUGCAGCCGCAGUUCACCGGCUUCGGCCAGACUCCGCAGCAGAACAUGUCCACCGGCGCACCGCCAAUGCCAGCUAUCCCUCAACAGUACCAGCAACAAUUCCAACAGCAGCAGCAGCAGCAGCAGCAGCAGCCCCAACAGCAACCGACCCCCUACACGGCGGCUCCCACGCAGCCCGCCCAAACGCUGGCCCCUCCUCCACCUGUAAAGCCGCAGGCCACCGGCUUCAGCGAAAUGGCGGCUUCUUUCCAUGCCGGCGGCGGCGCAAAACCCCAGCCCAGCGCGGCCCCGAGACAGGCAAACACGGUUCCCAAUAUCCGUCUCUCCUUCAUUACCGCUCCGGAUCAGGCCAAGUUCGAGACCUUGUUUAAGUCUGCCGUUGGUGACGGCCAAACCACCAUGUCGGGAGAGAAGGCGAGAGACCUGCUGCUACGGUCUAGGCUAGACGGAGACUCGCUUUCUCAUAUCUGGACGCUUGCCGAUACCACCAGAUCCGGGCAGCUGCAUUUCCCCGAGUUUGCCCUCGCCAUGUAUCUCUGCAACCUCAAGCUCACCGGAAAGACGCUGCCGCCGUCACUGCCCGACAACAUUAAGAACGAGGUCUCUAGCAUGGUGGAUAUUAUCAACUUCAGCAUUACGGAGGAGUCUGGUUCUGCUUCUGCCACAGCUACCAACGCGCCUGAUUUCGGUGUGCGCCAGAACACGGCUACCCCUCCAGUUAUUCAACACCCGCAGCCGCAACCGUCGAGCUCCCAACUUCUCCAGGCGCAGAUGACGGGCUUCCCUACCCAGCAGACCGGGUUCAUGGGACAAGGCCUUCAAGCACAGCAAACGGGUAUGCCUCAAGCGACCGGUUACACCGGUCCGCGGCCGCCCAUGCCACCCAUGCCGACAGGGUUCGGUUCAAACUUGUCGCCCAAUGCCGGCCCCGGAGGGAUGAUUGCGCCGUUGAAUGCCCAGCCCACAGGGCGCCCCGGCCAGUGGGGCCUUGUCAACACACCCGCGACCGGGUUGCCGAACAUUGAUGCCUUGCAGGCACGCAUGAUGCCCCAGCAAGGCCGUGAACAGCAGGACUACACCACCGCCGGAUUGCAAGGAAAUGCCGUGAUCCCCUGGGCUAUUACCAAGGACGAGAAGACUCGGUACGAUGCCCUGUUCCGCGCGUGGGAUGGUCUGAAUAAGGGGUAUAUCGGUGGUGACCAGGCCAUUGAGAUCUUUGGCCAGAGCGGCUUGGAGAAACCCGACCUUGAGCGUGCCUGGACGCUCGCGGACCAUGGAAACAAGGGACGCCUAGAUCUUGACGAGUUCGCCGUCGCUAUGCAUUUGAUCUAUCGCAAGCUUAAUGGUUAUCCUAUCCCGAACCAGCUCCCUGCUGAACUGGUACCUCCCUCCACCAGAAAUUUCAACGAGUCCCUCGGCACCAUCAAGAACAUGCUCCACAAGGAAUCGGAUUUCCGAAAGAACUCGGGCGCUACGUUGUUACCGCAAAAGACUGGUGUCAGCUAUCUGAAGAACCACUCGUUCAGGGGUGCCGGGGCCGCUUCUGGUAAUCGCAAGGAUGCCACUGUCUUUAAGAACAACGACGAUGCGGUCGGUUACCGAUCAAGCGCGCGCCGCAGAGUCGGCAAUGCGUCACCUCGUCCCGACUCGCCAGCAUCCGUCGGCUCCAACGAAGAGUUGAGCCUGGAUCAGCUGCGGAAGAAGAUCAAGGAGAAGCAGGUGCUCCUUGACGCAAUGGACUUCGCCGACGAGAAGAAUAUCGAGGAGGACGACAUCCUUGACAGACGUGACCGCCGCGAGGCCGAGGAGCUUUAUCGCCGCGUUAGGCGGAUUCAGGAGGAUAUCGACAACCACCCGGAUGCAUCCUUGAUUGGUGGGGACUCUGAAGCUGAGAGAAGAGCCCUCAAGCGCCAACUGCAAAACCUAACCGACAAGAUCCCCGAACUGGCGUCUCAGGUUAGAAAGACUGAGAAGGCAAUCGCGGACGCAAGACUCGAGUUGUUCCGCCUGAAGGAUGCCAAGGCCCAUCCGGGCAGCGCCGCCGCCAUUGUCGGGACUGGCCCCGGCGGUGCCAUUACCGAGUCUGACAGACUCAAGGCGCGGGCCAAAGCUAUGAUGCAACAGCGGACUGCUGCCCUGACCGGCAAGAAGAUCGACGUGAGCAGUGACCAGGAUGCUGAGAAACGGCUCGAAGAAGAGAGUAUCAAGGCGAGAACUGAGAAGGAAAACAAUGAGCGUAUGGUCCGGGACGUUGAGGACAGCGUUCGUGACUUCGCCAAGGGUAUUGAAGACAACCUCAAGGAGGGCGGCCAGGAUUCUACUACGGAGCACGAGAAGCGCCGAUGGGAGGAUGCUCUCGGGGUCGAGGACGAGGUUAGAGAUUUUAUCUACGAUCUCCAACGGACCAGCCGUGCCUCUCGUAUUAGGUCCCAGGAUCGGCAGGGCGGACGCCAGGCCACUCAGGAACCCGUCAGCGCUGAGGCGCCUCCGACCGCCCGAGUCGACAGCCCCGCCGGUAUUUCGCGCACCGCCUCCCCGGCGGCUGCUCCUGCUGCAGGCGGAUCAUAUUCGUCGUACAAGACUCCCGAGGAGAGAGCCGCAUUCAUCAAGCAGCAAGCCGAGCAACGCAUGGCUGAACGGCUUGCUGCCCUAGGUAUCAAGGCCCCUACGAAGCCGGGCGAGACGGCGGCUCAGCGAGCCGAGCGUGAGCGGGCCGAACGGGCCGCCAAGUUGCGGCAGGCAGAGGAGGAAGACGCCCGCCGCGAGACAGAGAGACAGGCAAGGCUUGCUGAAGAGCAAGGCGUUCCACCGCCCGCUGCUCCGCAGGCUGCCAAGCCUGAGGGGAGGAAGCCGCCUCCCCCUCCCAGCCGUAAAGUGGCCAAGGCAGACGAUAAGCGUGCCGAGGAAGAGCUUGCUGCAAAGAAGGCGGAGGAGGAGCGUCUGGAACGCGAGCGUGAAGAACAGGAGCGCGCAGCACGGGAGCUUGAGGGCCAAGCCAAGGUUCAGGAGGAUGAGCUUGCUAGGGAGCGUGAGGAAGCUGACGCUCGCCUCAAAGCGCUCGAGGAGCAAGUCCGGCAGGGCAAGUUGAAGAAGGAGGAGGAGAAGCGGAAGAAGAAAGCGGCGCUAGCCGAGGCCAAGGAGAAGGAGACUCAGCUAGCCCAGCGGAGAGCCGAGAUCGAAGCAGCUCGUAAGCGCGAGGAAGAGCUUCGCAAGCAGCUUGAAGCCAUGGAUGACGAUAGCUCCUCGGACGACGAAGGCCCAGAACAAAUCACUCCUCAAGCGUCGACUCCGACGAUGGGCGACAGCCAGAUCGUCAACAAGGAACCAGAACGACAACCUACCCCACCGCCGGCGCCAGUGGUUUCACCGCCGCAAAUCGUCACAUCCAGCCCUCCGACAGAUGGGGAGAGCCGCAACCCCUACUUUAGAAUGAUGUCCCACUCCUCGGACACUGCUUCUCCAGCGGCGCCUGCACCCCCAGUGGCCCCGCCGCCGCCGCCGCAACCCGAAGCCUCCACGAACCCGUUCCACCGCAUCGCGCAGGCUCCCGCACCCUCAGCGGCCCCAGUGACAAGGCGACCUCUCGAUGACGAUGGUUGGGGCUCAGACAAGGACGAGGAAGACGAGGAGUCGGACGAUGACAGGCCGGGCGGCAAGAGCGCCGCCGCGCUCGCUUCCAUCCUGUUCGGCACCAUGGCACCGCCGCGCCCGCUGUCCGCAACUGGCGACAAGUCUGCUACCUCGCCUACCGUGAGCUCCCCGGUUGCGCCGCCUCCCGACUCGGCUUCGCCACCGGCAGCAGCCCCACCGGCACCGCCGCCGCCCCCGCCGAUGCCCGGUGCGUUCCCGAGCACCAGCCCGGGUCCCGGCGCCCCGCCGCCGCCACCACCACCCCCACCCCCGAUGCCUUCCGCUGGCGGCGCGCCGCCGGCUCCUCCCCCACCGCCCCCGGGCAUGGCCCCUCCCGCGCCACCGCCGCCCCCGCCUCCCGCGGGUGGCGCACCGGCUGCACCGGGUGGCGGCCGGCCGGCAGCGCUACUCGGCGAAAUCCAGGCGGGCAGGGCGCUCAAGAAGACGGCUACGCGAGACAAGAGCGCCGCUGCGGUGGCCGGUCGGGUGCUAGAUUAAUUUUCAUC